AACUAAAGAUAUAAUAAUAAGAAUUCCAGGACAGUAGCUAUAUUCUGUUUUCUGUCUGUUUAUGUCAGAGCUGGUUUAAUGGAUCUGUUUGUGUGUGUCAGCCCCCUCCACCCCUCCCUCUCAGACUAGCUGAGCUGAGGAGGUAAACAGUGGAGCUGCACUGAGAAUCGGGAAUAGAAUAGAAUACAGUAAGUUACAGUAACUACAGCAGCGAUGGCGUCCAGCGCCCCGUGCCGAUCAGAGAGUCUGGCCUGGGAGAGGAGCGGACACACGGCGGUGGUGUCGGAUAAUAUCCUGUAUGUUUGGGGCGGAUAUGUGUCGGUUGCUGAUCAUGAGGUUUUCCUGCCAAAUGAUGAAAUAUGGCUGUAUGACCUGGAGAGUGGUUUAUGGGAAAGGUUUGAUAUGGGUGGUGAAAUCCCUCCAUCUAUGUCCGGGAUGUGUGGCUGCGUUCUAAAGGGACACAUGUAUAUAUUUGGAGGUUGUGGAGAUGAUGGACAGACCAAUGAGCACUAUUUGGUUGAUCUCAAUGAUGGAAGGUAUUUCUGGGAGAAGAUAAGGCAUCACUCCGGGUUCCUUCCCUCCCCGCGUGAUAAAUUUUCCUGCUGGGUUUAUAAAAGCAGAAUUAUUUAUUUUGGUGGAUAUGGUCACAAACUGCUCAGCGAAAUCAAUAACCCAAGGACUUUUAUUGUGGACGAGGCAUCUUGGGCAGAGGACAUAUUUUGGGGGUGGAACAAUGAAGUUCAUGUGUUUGAUUCUGAAACAAAAAGUUGGAACUGUCCAACAACAUCUGGACGUGCCCCUGCCCCACGGGCUGCCCAUGCCAGUGCCACUAUAAACAAUAAAGGGUAUGUCUGUGGUGGAAGAAAAAUGGAGACCAGAACAAGUGAUAUUUAUUAUUUGGAUCUGGACACAUGGACCUGGUCAGAAAUUGUGCCUACAACCACAGUGCCACAGGGACGUUCAUGGCACACACUAACAGCUGUGUCAGAAACCUCACUGUUUCUCUAUGGGGGACUCAGCAUGGACUGCAGACCCAUGAGCGAUGGCUGGAUGUUUGAUCUGAAGACUAAAGGAUGGACAGAGAUGAAGCACUUAGACAUGGAUAAACCUCGACUGUGGCACACAGCUUGCCUGGGGAGGGACUCUGAUGUCAUAGUGUUUGGAGGAAGCCAUGAGUAUAUUAUUCUGGUGGACAGUGGUCACUGCAAUGACAUUCUUGUUUUCCAGACCCACCCUUACUCCCUUGUACGGUUAUGUGAAGACUUCAUUGCAAGCCAUACCAACAUUUUCCAGACGCAGGUCACGUGUUUACCUUUGAAACUGAGACAGGCCGUGGAAAAAAGGACAGCGUUUUUCCAGUCUGUGAAAAAGACGCAGAAGGUUUACAGAACUAUGGAGUGAAACCUUGGAGUGAUACACAUUAUAGUGUAAUGUGUUUUGUACUCUGGUGCUGCUGGACUGAUUUACCAACAAUUCUGCAUGCUUUAUAUCACCGAACAGUACUGUAAAAUAUAAAUAUUUGGUACAUUUUA